AUGCCGGAGACCGGGCAGGAGCCGCCCAGCGCCCCGCCGCCGCCGCCCCCUCCCAAGGAGUCCUUCUACAUCAAGAACCUGCUCAACGGAGACCCCCCCAAAGCGGCCCCCAAGCAGCCGAGGGCUCUGUUCGCCCCUUCGGGCAAAGCGGACGGCUCCGGCUUCGCCCUCUCGCAGGUGGGAGAUCUCUCCUUUCCCCGCUUCGAGAUCCCGGCGCCGCGCUUCGCUCUGAGCGCGCACUGCCUGGAGCGAGCCCAGACCUGGUGGUACCCCUACGCGCUGACGCCGGCCGGAGCCCACCUGCCCCGCACCGAAGCCGCGGAGAAAUCCCUCCUGCGGGACUCGUCCCCCGCCUCGGGCACCGACAGAGACUCCCCGGAGCCGCUGCUCCAGGGGGGGGACGCGGAGCAGAAGGAGCGGGACCCCAAGAGCCCCGCCGAGAUCGUGCUGGAGGAGAGCGACUCGGAGGAGGGGAAGAAGGAGGGCGGCGCGGAGGACUGGAAGAAGCGGGAGGAGAGCCCCGAGAAGAAGCCGUGCCGCAAGAAGAAGACGCGCACCGUGUUCAGCCGCAGCCAGGUCUUCCAGCUCGAGUCCACCUUCGACAUGAAGCGCUACCUGAGCAGCUCGGAGCGGGCCGGCCUGGCCGCCUCGCUGCACCUCACAGAGACCCAGGUGAAGAUCUGGUUCCAGAACCGCCGCAACAAGUGGAAGCGGCAGCUGGCGGCCGAGCUGGAGGCGGCCAACCUCAGCCACGCGGCCGCGCAGCGCAUCGUGCGCGUCCCCAUCCUCUACCACGAGAACUCGGGCGCGGAGAGCAGCGCGGCGGGAGGCGGCGGUCCCGGCCCGCAGCCGCUGCUCACCUUCCCUCACCCCGUUUAUUACUCCCACCCCGUGGUCACCUCCGUACCGCUCCUGCGGCCCGUCUGAGCCCCGCGCGGAGCGGCGCGGAGAGGCGCGCACGGCGCGGAGCCGCCCGUAAG